CCCGAAGGCGCCUCUCAAAUACCUGAGGGACGCGGCCUGCCGGCUAAGCCUACGACUGCCUGCUCAGCUCUGCCGUCCGAAUUCUACGCGGAGGCAGUUCUCUUCGACAUCGCCCACACGCGAAAGGACGUUGUGCCGCAAAAACAGUAAACACACUUCUAAGACCGCUCGGAAAUCAAAAAUGGUGCGCUACCGCGAGAUGAUCGACAUCUCCGACGACGAGGAUGAGGAUAUGCCCAAGAUCUUAGAUGAUUAUUCUGGAUAUGGGCGUUCUGGACGUGAGGACGAUGAUACUGGAUGGGACACCGAAGAUGAAGACCUGCAGGCAGCAAUCAAGCAGAGCCUUCUUGAUGCAAAGAAGCAGACCCGCACUACCCCUACCCGAAACGCGCCGAUUCGACUGCCAUUCCAAGAAGAUGCCUACGCAAAAACUCAGGAUGGGCUCAUUGUCCGACACGGAGAUUCAGUUGAGCUCGAGCGGGGGGAGGAUGAAAUGCAAGGCCUACAGAGCGGUGACUUCCUGAGGGUUCGACACAUUAUUCGCAACCUUGAGACGGACGAAGUCGUCCUCCGUGGUCUAAGAUUCCGUCGCGCAAAGUACAUGGGCCGAACGUACGAAAAAAAGCUCAACGAGCUAGUUCUGAUUCUUCGCAUCGACGAAAAUGAUGGUAGACCAGCCUUUGAACAGGCCAUGGAAGACAUCAAACUUGAAGAUCUUGUUCGAAAGAGGGAUUUAGUGAUCACCAAUGCCGAUUAUCCCCAUGGCAGUUUUCGUCAGACUCAGGUGGUCUGCAAGUCUACCAUCAGGCGCGACAUAAUGCGGCAUAUACAUGAUAAUGAACGCCUAGUGUGUCGGCAUGUUCAGGUUGUCUCUUGGGGUAAUGAAGCUCUCAGGAAAUCCCGGAAGUCAUAUGCCGGGGAGGAGCGACGCGUGUAUCCUCACGAGGCGGACUAUGCUUUCGAAGAUCGAAGCGCACCAACUGGAGGAGAAGGCAGCGAAGAGAAUCCAUUUUGCUUGGACGUCGAAGAUCCCGAAAAGAAAGCUAACGCAACUCUAACCCCAUCUGAACGCGCUAGAAAGAGAGUCUUGUCGUUGAAAAUCAAUGAACCCCCUGGCACUGUAAAGAGAUUGCGUGUCGCCUUCGCACGAAAGAAAUUGAGAUAUAGAUUCGCGGAUUGCUUUCAUGGCGCUGGCGGCGCUUCAAGAGGAGCUCAGAUGGCGAACAUGGAGAUCUACUGUGGAUUUGACAACAACAAACUUGCUUGCGAAGCCUACGGUGAAAACUUCCCAGGCUGCUUGUCAUUCCAAAUGAAUGCUGCGGAUUUCCCACCCACCGGGUUCAACGUUCUGAAGCCUGAGAUUGACCACAUGCAUUUCUCUCCGCCUUGCCAGGCCUUUUCACCGGCUCACACGCAUAUGGGACCAAAUGACGAGGCCAAUAUAGAUGCCCUAUUUACUAUCGGCCCCCUCCUGAAGAGGUGCAAUCCACGCAUUGCGACGUUGGAACAGACUGCAGGCCUCAUUACUCACCAUGAAGGCUAUUUGCAACUCCUGUUCAACCAGUUCGUGAAUGCAGGAUAUAACCUGCGAUGGCGUCGCGAGUUCUUGCAGAAUUUUGGGGUCCCACAGAGGCGAACGAGGUUAAUUCUCAUCGCAGCUCGGUAA